CUCAGUAGAGAGAGAACUGCAGCUAAAGCCAACGAAGAAGAAGACAUGUCGCGAGUGCUAAACGGAAAAUAAAAGGAGACAGCGCACUGUGCAGUUAACGAGAAUUAAACGCUGUUACCUCGGCAUAUUACUGUUCACAAUAGCUGCAUCACAUUGGCUAAACUAUGACAGAGCCUCAAUCAGCGCUGUUACUCAGGAGACAGCUCGCAGAGCUGAAUAAAAACCCGGUAGAAGGAUUCUCAGCUGGCCUGAUUGAGGAUAAUGAUCUGUACAGAUGGGAAGUUCUAAUCAUUGGGCCACCGGACACGCUUUAUGAAGGUGGUGUGUUUAAAGCUCAUCUGACAUUUCCCAAAGACUACCCUCUCAGGCCACCGAAAAUGAAAUUUAUCACAGAUAUUUGGCACCCUAAUGUUGACAAGAACGGCGAUGUAUGUAUUUCUAUUUUACACGAACCCGGGGAGGACAAGUAUGGUUAUGAAAAACCAGAAGAGCGCUGGCUUCCCAUCCAUACAGUUGAAACGAUUAUGAUUAGUGUUAUCUCCAUGCUGGCAGACCCAAAUGGCGACUCGCCAGCCAACGUCGAUGCAGCAAAAGAGUGGCGGGAGGACAGGCAUGGAGCAUUUAAAAGAAAAGUUGCACGCUGUGUACGGAAAAGCCAAGAGACUGCGUUUGAGUGACAUGUAGCAAGGAUCUCGAUUCAUGUUUUCGGGGUCUGCAAUUGAAAUUCAACAUGGCACUGUUUCCUGCACUCUUCCACCAUUUUGCCAGGCUCGUCGUCCUUUUAUUUUGGCAGGAAGACUAUGACUGGCUCCUCUAAGCUGCAAUAGAACAUUACAGUGACUACCACGGCUGACAAGACAACCACCAAGCAAGUGCCAACUGAACAUAAAAAAACAGACAAAAAAAAAAAC